AUGGCCAGCAAAAGAACUCGUGAUGCUUUCGAAGCCGACUUCCAGGCGCAGAAUUCUCCCUACGUUUUCUACGGGACUGCUCUUCCUCCACUGGACGCAGGCGCCCGCGACGAUGGAUCAUAUGUGCCGGUUUGGAAGCAGGAGGUGACCGAUGACCGGGGAAGGAAACGCCUACAUGGCGCCUUCACCGGUGGUUUCAGUGCCGGGUACUUCAACACUGUCGGGUCAAAGGAAGGCUGGACACCCGCGACAUUUGUGUCCUCGCGUCAGAACCGGGCUAAGGAUGCGCGAAAACAGCGUGCAGAGGAUUUUAUGGACGAGGAAGAUAUUCGUGAAGCGGAAGAAUCGCGGAACCUACAGACGAACAAUGAAUUCUCGGGAUUUGGGUCUACGGCCACCGACUCGUUACGCCGUGGCGGGCUGAUGGAUAUCUUCAAAACGUCCGGUGAAACUGUCGGUGUGAAGCUUUUGAAGAAGAUGGGAUGGAGGGAGGGUCAGGGUAUUGGCCCGAAAGUGAGGCGGAAAGCCGACCUAGGGGAUGGGAAAGCCGGACCCGGCAAUGCCGAGAAGACAUACCUAUUCGCACCGGAGAACCCACCGAUGGUUGCGUUCAUACGGAAGAAUGACUACAAGGGACUCGGUUUUGAAGGCGAAGCGCGUCUUGGCUCACGCCAGGAAGGUGAAAAAGCUGAUGAAGAUGAUGAUCCGUUCUUCGGACGGCGACUCAACGCCGGCAAACCUAACCGGUCAAAGGCCCAGAAACCCCGGCGAGGAGCAUUCGGCGUUGGCGUGCUCAAUGAUACCGGGUCUGAUGACGAGGAUCCCUACUCGCUGGGUCCCCAGAUUUCGUACAAUCGCACGAUUGGCGGUGAUAAGAAGAAGAGCAAAACAAAGCCUACGGAUGAUACGAGAGGCCUGCCCUCUGCCAACCCUCUUCUGAGCAACAAACCGGUCUUUAUUCCAAGGAAAGCGUCCAGUGCGAAAGGCGCUGCAGGUUUCAGGAAAUGCCAUGACGGCCGUCUUCCUUUGGAUGGUUUCCGACUCGCAGACGGCAUUUCGACCCUAACUCUAUCAUCGGACAAGAAAUAUGCGCCGCCCGAGAUCCCCAAGGAUUGGAAGUCUAAAAAGACGCCUGUGAAGGAACGGGAUGCCGCGAGCUACGUUUCUACCGCAGAGGCAGCGAGGGCAUCUACUCUAGAUCCUGUAUCGCGGGCAGCGAUAUUGGGAGAGGAUCAAUUACCCGCAAAGUCAAUCUUCGACUGGAUGACACCAGAAGGCCGGGCAAAAAUUGCGGAACUUACCGGGAAAACGGACCUGCCGCCGGCACUAGGCGAAAAGGCCCCAAAGGGCUACGAACUUUCAGAGUCACAGAGGCAGAAAGACAUCUGGGAUCUUGUUCCCAAGCUAGACAAGCAAGUAGCCGUUCAAGCUCUGACGCGUGCUGCUAGCGGUUGGAUGCCAUAUUCUGAGGAUGAAUCCAAACGAACCCGCUACCGUACGUUCCUCGAAAUCCGAGCUGGGCUUCGAGAUACCCUUCCGGAUCGCGUACCAGGAUUUACCACAAACGAAUGGGUUACAGAGCUCGAGGAGUUUGCUCGAGCAGCAGAGGUAUUCAAGCCCGUAUCGGGCGUGAUGGCCUCACGGUUCACGUCCGCCUCUUCAGGUCCCAAGGGCGCUUCAGAUGAAGCCAAGACAGAUACGGACGCGCCAUUACUCAGUAAACCCAGCGAAACGCCACAGGACCCAGUGAUAGAAGCUGCAAAAAUUGGCAUGUUCGGCCCAAUGACACGUACCGUCAUCUCGUUCUACCCCACCCGUUUGCUGUGCAAACGAUUUAACGUCAAACCGCCAAGCCAUGUGCAGGUCGACCCUGGAGAUCCCUCUAAUGGAUCUUCCUCUUCAGCAGCCCCAGGAAGUCGCUUUCAGUCCGCAGGAUAUCAAACAGAUAACAGACCGCGAGAGUUGGUAUCGCAAGACGUCAUGAAUCAGCUUAUGCUUGCGGCUGGUGGGGGCCCAGGCGGAGCUACGCUAGCCCCGUCAUCCCGUGGGGACUCUGCGAUGCGCGCGGCCCCAGGCCCAAGCCCAACGGCGCCCGUUGUCAUUGAAGCAGAUCGCAAUGAAGCGCUGGAGGGCGAACGGCCGGGUGAGGCGGUUUUCAAGGCCAUUUUCGGCAGUGAUGACGAAGACGAGGAUCAAGACGACUGA